AUGAUUGACAAUAUCAACCAGCUUGUACCGUACACGGUGUUAACGUUUUUCGGAGAACUCCCAGGCCUACCUGGUCUUUUCAUCGCCGCGUUAUCCAGUGCCGCAUUUAGCACACUGUCUUCGUGUCUCAGCUCGCUCUCUGCCAUCGCGUAUAAAGAUAUCUUAAAAGUCCGAAAUCCCAACAUCAGUGCUCAUGUAGCUACAAACAUAUCACGGCUCGUAACAAUUCUGUUUGGGGUUAUCGCGAUAGCAGUGACAUUCCUGAUAUCAAAUCUACCUGGCUCUGUUAACUCACUGUUUUCAAGUUUCGUAGCCUGUAUGGAUGGCCCGACAUGUGCAAUUUUCAUGUUGUCUGCGUUUAGCCGAAGGGUGACGUCCAAGGGAGUGUUGUUCGGAGCGAUGUGUGGGAUGUCCAUAUCACUAUGGUUGAAUCUUGGCAAGCUAUUCUCUGAAAUUCCUGCAGAUACACCUUUACCAGCAGGUCCAACAGACACUUGCUCGAGUACGUCAAAUUUCACUUCCCUGGCCUCCGUUAUACCCAGCGGGUAUUCGACAACUACCUACUUGCCACUUAACGAAACAUCGACGACUCUUGAGCACGCAACCAACAACCUUACAGAGUUGCAGGAAUUUUACCGUGUAUCGUAUAUGUACUAUUCUUUUAUUGGGUUUACUGUUUCUCUUGUUAUUGGAUUCUUAGCCAGUUUGUGUUGUGAAGCGCCAAAACAUGUGGACACCAGGUGUCUGUUUGAAUUCCGUAAACAUGUUCUAGGCAAACAGUCAGACAAUGUGAAUGAGAGAACAAUUGGAAAUGCAAAUGAGGAGGAAGUGCUACAGGAAAACAAAUUUUGA